UCAUUUAGUCUUACUCAUCCACAAACCCUUACAAGAUAAUACACAACACACAUCAACAAUUGAAUGGCAACCAUGGCCACCACUCUCGCAUCUUCUCUUUCCUCAAACCCUAAACCAUCUUUCUUUGAUAACAAAUCAUCCUUCCAUGGCUCACCCACCAUCUCAUCUCGUGUCCAACCCAUCAACUCCUCACCACAAAACCUCUCAAUCACCAUGUCCUCCACCCCCACACCACCACCAUACGACCUCCAAUCCUUUAAGUUCGCCCCCAUCAAAGAAUCAACCGUUGCACGUGAAAUGACCCGCCGUUACAUGAUGGACAUGAUCAGCCAUGCAGACACCGACGUUGUCGUCGUCGGCGCUGGCUCCGCCGGUCUCUCCUGCGCCUACGAGCUCAGCAAGAACCCCUCCAUCCGUGUUGCCAUCAUUGAGCAAUCCGUAAGCCCCGGUGGCGGCGCGUGGCUCGGCGGCCAGCUCUUCUCGGCCAUGGUGGUGCGUAAACCGGCUCAUAGAUUCUUGGACGAGCUCGAAAUCGAGUACGACGAGCAAGACAACUACGUUGUCAUCAAGCAUGCCGCCUUGUUCACUUCGACCAUCAUGAGCAAGCUCUUGGCCAGGCCGAACGUGAAGCUCUUCAAUGCGGUCGCGGCCGAGGAUUUGAUCGUGAAAGGUGAGAGAGUGUCGGGCGUUGUCACCAAUUGGGCGUUGGUUUCCAUGAACCAUGAUACUCAGUCCUGCAUGGACCCCAAUGUCAUGGAAGCAAAAGUGGUGGUCAGUUCUUGUGGCCAUGACGGUCCGUUCGGAGCUACGGGUGUUAAGAGGCUGAAGACCAUAGGAAUGAUAGAUAGCGUGCCGGGGAUGAAGGCCCUCGACAUGAAUACGGCAGAGGAUGCCAUAGUUCGGCUCACGAGGGAGGUCGUACCCGGUAUGAUCGUUACGGGCAUGGAAGUAGCUGAAAUUGACGGAGCUCCAAGAAUGGGUCCAACAUUUGGAGCAAUGAUGAUAUCGGGCCAGAAGGCGGCCCACCUGGCAUUGAGGGCAUUGGGGCAGCCGAAUGCGCUGGACGGGACAUACAGAGGAGAAGUGGGAAGCAUACAACCAGAGCUCAUUCUUGCUGCUGCAGAAACAGGGGAGACUGUUCAUACCUAAUAAUUGGAUCGAUUGAGAAGGGUAUGCUGCAGUGAAUUACUUAAUAAAUAUACCAUUUUGGUAGGGCGGAUGUGUAGAAUGAAAUGUAGAUGCAAUUGUGGUUUUUCUUGGGGGUGGAGCACCACUUUUAUGAACUAGUUGUUGAAAAUUAGUAGUACCUUCUUUGGAAGAUAUUGCUUGAUUUCUGAACCACAUAAACUUUUUAUUAUUUUUAGUUUGCGAGGUUUUAUCCAAUAAAUUUUUGUUUUAUA